GUGGCAACCACACGUUGACUCUUUUCAACCAAUCAUAAAGAUAUCGGCACCCUCUACCUACUAUUUGGUGCCUGAGCUGGCAUAGUUGGAACAGCUCUGAGCCUACUCAUCCGGGCCGAACUCAGUCAGCCAGGCACACUUCUUGGAGAUGACCAGAUCUACAAUGUAAUCGUUACAGCUCAUGCUUUUGUAAUAAUCUUUUUUAUAGUUAUACCCAUCAUAAUUGGAGGAUUUGGUAACUGACUAGUCCCCCUAAUAAUUGGUGCCCCCGACAUGGCCUUUCCACGAAUAAACAACAUAAGCUUUUGAUUACUUCCCCCCUCAUUUCUCCUCCUCCUUGCAUCUUCUGGGGUUGAAGCAGGGGCAGGAACAGGCUGAACUGUCUACCCCCCUCUCGCAGGUAACCUAGCCCAUGCCGGACCUUCUGUAGACUUAACCAUCUUUUCCCUUCACCUAGCGGGCAUCUCCUCUAUUCUGGGAGCUAUUAAUUUUAUUACCACCAUUAUUAAUAUAAAACCUCCCGCAGCCUCCCAGUACCAAACACCAUUGUUUGUGUGAGCAGUCCUAAUUACAGCUGUCCUCCUUCUUCUUUCCCUUCCAGUUCUUGCCGCAGGCAUUACAAUACUUCUUACAGAUCGAAACCUAAACACCACUUUCUUUGAUCCGGCGGGGGGCGGAGACCCAAUCCUCUAUCAACACCUGUUCUGGUUUUUCGGGCAUCCGGAAGUUUAUAUUCUUAUCUUACCAGGCUUCGGAAUAAUCUCACACAUUGUGGCUUACUAUGCCGGAAAGAAAGAACCUUUUGGCUACAUGGGCAUAGUGUGAGCUAUAAUAGCCAUCGGGCUGCUAGGCUUCAUUGUUUGAGCCCACCACAUAUUCACAGUUGGGAUAGAUGUUGACACUCGUGCCUACUUUACAUCAGCAACAAUAAUUAUUGCCAUCCCCACAGGGGUAAAAGUCUUCAGUUGACUAGCCACGCUACAUGGAGGAGCCCUAAAGUGGGAUACGCCCCUUCUUUGAGCUCUCGGCUUUAUUUUCCUCUUCACAGUAGGAGGCCUUACAGGAAUUAUUCUAGCAAAUUCAUCCCUAGAUAUUGUACUUCAUGACACCUAUUACGUAGUAGCCCAUUUCCACUACGUCCUCUCAAUAGGAGCUGUCUUUGCCAUUUUCGCAGGGUUUGUUCACUGGUUCCCACUAUUCUCGGGCUAUACACUUCACAGUACUUGAACAAAAAUCCACUUCGGAAUCAUGUUUGUUGGUGUUAACCUAACCUUUUUCCCUCAACAUUUCUUAGGUUUAGCAGGCAUGCCCCGUCGGUACUCAGACUACCCAGACGCAUACACACUAUGAAACACAGUGUCCUCAAUCGGCUCACUAAUUUCUCUUACAGCAGUAGUUCUCUUCCUAUUUAUUCUCUGAGAAGCCUUUACAGCAAAACGAGAAGUGCUCUCAACCCACCUUAUCACAACGAACGUCGAAUGACUUCACGGCUGCCCACCCCCUUACCACACAUUUGAAGAACCCGCGUUUGUACAAUUACAACAGACCUCCAAAUAG